GCGCGGUCCGGACAAGAUGGCGGUCGCCGGCGGAGGUCUGGGGGGACCCGUGGAAGUGGCGGUGGUGGCUGCGGCGGGCGAGACCUCUUUGGGACCCGGUAGCGGCGGCUCCUCUUCGAACUCGUCGGGUAGCGGCUGCUGCUCGGUGUGGGAAGUGAGCUCCGGGGCAUCGGUAGCCGGCUACCGCGGGGGCUGCUGCGCCCCUCGUGGGCUGACGCUGCUAGGCGGGGAGCAUCUUCUCGGGGCGCAGCUCGGCAAGGCCUGCGUGGGAGCCUGGGAGCUCCAGAGGAAGGAUCAACUCCAGCAGAAGAUAAUAUGCCCGGGCCCGGUGGCUUGCCUGACAGCUGCUCCCAAUGGUCUCUACAUCUUGGCAGGUAUUGCUGAAAGCAUCUACCUCUGGGAGGUAUCUAGUGGGAAUCUUCUUGCUAUCCUGAAUCGACAUUAUCAGGACUUAAGCUGUUUGGCCUUCACGGAUGACAGCAGUCAUUUUCUCUCUGGAGCCAAAGACAGUCUUGUCAUUGUCUGGAGCCUGUACAGUGUGUUACAGGUGGAACACGGCCAAAGCCCUGAGCCCCGCCACGUGUGGUCACGGCACAGCCUUCCCAUCACAGAUCUCUGCUGCGGUGUUGGUGGCCCCUUGGCCAGAGCUGCCACAGGCUCUUUGGACCAAACAGCAAAGUUGUGGGAGAUCUCCUCCGGGAACCUUCUCCUCUCUGUCGUCUUCGAUAUGAGCAUCGUGUCAGUGACCCUUGACCUUGCGGAAUACCACAUGUUUUGUGGCGGGCUGGAUGGUUCCAUCUUCCAGGUUGACCUCUGCUCCUGGCCUGUGCAAAGAGAAAGAGGUUUUCAGUCUGAGCAGGAGAACGCAAAGAUCUUCAAAGGACAUAGGAAUCAGGUGACAUGUCUCUCUGUCUCCACCGACGGAAGCCUUCUGCUCUCUGGCUCGCAUGAUGAAACAGUUCGGCUGUGGGACAUCCAGAGCAAACAAUGUCUCCGCACCGUGAAUUACAAAGGUCCGAUCACAAACGCUUUCAUCACCCUGGCACCUGCCAAUAUGUUGAAUCCGGACAGCAAGCCUCGCAUCCCGCUGCCAAAAUUCAGCCGGCAUCUUCACAGCCCAGAGAGCAUGGAAAACUCUGCCGGCGAGGGGCUGACACUGUGUCUGGGGCUGCAUCAGAAGGGUUCUGGAGAGAGUUACUUGGAGAGAACAGAGCGCUUAUAUCUCCAGAUGUGCUCAACGAGAGAAAAGAAUUUGAUGGGCGACCAAGAGCAACUGAAAAUUCAAGUGACAGAACUGGAGGAGGAAGUCAACACCCUGCGGAAGAUCAACAAGAAUCUCUUCGACUUCUCCAGCUCUAUCAUCACCUCAUCCAAGUAGAACAUCUUCUGAAGCCUGGCUAGAGAUGGAAGGAGAGACCAGCCAGUCGGGAUUCACCCUGGACACAGCCAUUUCCUCCAUAACAAUGUCUGAUGGGAGCUUCUACAGUUGCAGAGAUACCCUCUCUUAACCUUGUCUAACUGAAGGGCUGGACAUGGAAGUCUCUAGCAUCUAGGUGUUUCGGGUGCAGCCCUACCCCCCAAAUAUAUAUAUAUAUAUUUAUGGGUAACAGCACACAGUAUGGAAGGAAAAUAAUCCAGAAGGGAAAAGAGAGGACCCCUUUUCAUUUACAGUGCAGCUUCCUUUCAUCCUACAAGGUCCUUUCAUUCCUCAAGCAGAACCAGCCGUAGAUGUUCUUCAAGAUGCCAUCAAUCCCCUUUUCUCCAGUCGGAAAUCACGUGGCUGCUUUUAAGGACUCCUCUUGUACUUGGGAACUUCUGGGGAUUGAAGACAACCAUGGGCUUCGAAGGCAUCACACUCAAUAGGUCAGGGGUCUCCAACCUUGGCAACUUUAAGACUUGUGGACUUCAACUCCCAGAAUACCUCAGCCAGCAAAGCUGGCUGCGGAAUUCUGGGAGUUGAAGUCCACAAGUCUUAAAGUUGUCAGGGUCGGAGGAUCCCUGCAAUAGGUGGAACUGCCUUCAUUGUAAUUGGCCAGGGAGAGGGACAAUUGACUACCAUGAAGAAGGACCCUUGUAGCUGGACUGAGCACAGAAGCUUCCUAUCCUCAAGACUCUGCUAGGGUGGGGUGGGGGAAUGGAGCGAUGGGGAAGAUCAUAUUUUGUGGUGUUUUCCUCAUUUGGAAAGGGUGGGACAACCUUCCCUGCAAGACCAAGUUGGCAAGAUAAGGAGUGGGGGGGAACAAUCUUUUUUACGGUCACAGAUCAGCAAAAAAUGGGGCCUUUUUUUACUGAUCUGCUACUCUUCCUGCAGAAGAAUUGCGGACUUUUUGUCUGGUCCAUCAUUCUACCAAUUUAUGCACAGAUCUUUAGCCAACGGGAUGUCUAGUUAGGCUUCUGUGCAGUUGCAGGUUUCAGCACCAGCCUCAGGAUGCAUUUGCCAUGUAGCAGAUUUACUUUCAUUGGGUUAUCUUGUUUAAUUCUCUAUUCUUUAGAGAGAGAAAAAACCCUCCGGUUCGGUCUUCAGCCAAAUUGUUGUUUGUUGUAUUACACUUUUUAAAAAACAAAACAAAAAACCACCAAAACAAA